UGAUUAUUAUAACUUAAAGUGGUUUUGGGAAUUUUUGGACCGUUUCCAGUGUCGUGAGACAAUAAUAAAAGGUUGCGUCUAUUUCGAUAACAACAACACACGGACGAUGAUUUUUGUGCAGGAUUAAUUUGUAUUUUUAAAUGCUCCGCGCGGCGCCCUUUUUUUCGCGUUUUAUGGUCGCGUAAUUUUUAAUCGCGUUUUGUUUUUGUUGUUGCGCGUGUGCGUCGGUUUAGUUAUUUAUGCGAAGACACGAUUUACGACCGCAUCGCAACCUGUUUGCUAAAACAGAGGAACGAAACGAAUUGGACUUUAACGAGAAAAUGACUCGGCCCAUCGUCAAACUGGAAAAUUGCUAUGCCGUAACCCAGUAAUUCUCAUCAUUCCGUCAUAAUGGGCUCCUUGGCGGUUCCGAAGGAGCAGUAUGGGCUGGGGUACCAGAACACCGUGAUGUAUGGCCGGUACAGCCGGCAAUUGGGAGAGUUUGCAAAACUAGAGGCGCUAAAGCAGGCCGAGAAACGGCGACUGAAGGAGGAGAAGGCGAGGAAAAAGGAGCUGAGAGGGUACCAAGGUAACGUUUCCUCCAUGGGGCGACAUCGACUGGUUUCACGUACGCUUUCAGGAAAGUUGGCGAAGACCUUGUCCUUCCUGUGGAGGCAUACGUUCGCGAAGCUGGGCGAGGACUGGGUGUUUCUGGCGCUGCUGGGGAUCAUCAUGGCGGUGCUCAGCUACAUCAUGGAUAAAGGAAUCGCGGUUUGCGGCAAAGCAAGAACUUGGUUAUACCACGACAUAACGGACCAUCCAGUAUUACAAUAUUUGGCGUGGGUAACGCUACCGGUGUGCUUAAUCUUAUUCAGCGCGGGAUUUGUGCACUUGGUUGCACCACAAUCCAUAGGUUCCGGCAUUCCCGAAAUGAAGACCAUACUGCGCGGCGUUGCCCUAAAGGAGUACCUAACGUUUCGAACGCUGGUCGCGAAGGUGAUCGGCUUGACGGCGACGCUCGGCAGCGGCAUGCCGCUCGGCAAGGAAGGUCCCUUCGUGCACAUCGCGAGCAUAGUCGCGACGCUGCUCAGCAAGCUCGUGACCGGCUUUCAGGGCAUCUACGAGAACGAGAGCCGCAACACGGAGAUGCUGGCGGCGGCGUGCGCCGUCGGCGUCGCGAGCUGCUUCGCCGCACCGGUCGGAGGUGUUUUAUUUAGCAUUGAAGUAACAACCGUUUACUUUGCCGUCAGAAAUUACUGGCGCGCCUUUUUCUCGGCGGUUUGCGGCGCGACCGUUUUUCGCUUGCUCUCGGUUUGGUUUGAGCAGGCUGCUACCGUAACGGCUUUCUUUAAAACUAACUUCACCAUGGAUUUCCCUUUUGACCCGCAAGAGCUGUUUGUGUUUGCUUUGAUUGGGGUUGUCAGCGGAAUUGGUGGCGCCUUCUACGUGUGGGUCCAUCGACGAUACGUCAUGUUCAUGCGCAAGAGUAAGAUUAUCAACAAUUUCCUGCAAAAGAACCGGUUUUUGUAUCCCGCCUUCGUCUCGCUUAUAGUUUCUACUGUCUCCUUCCCUCUGGGAAGCGGACAGUUCAUGGCCGGUGAACUUAACACACACGACCAAGUCAGUAAUCUUUUCAGCAAUUUUACUUGGACAGGGAAGACGCUAACGGUCGAGGAACAGGCGAUAGUCGAACACUGGCAAACACCAUACUCUGGUGUGUACGUCAGCCUUGGCGGGUUCAUAGUGUUCACGUUCAUCUUCUCCAUAAUAAGCUCAACAAUCCCAGUGCCGAGUGGUAGCUUUAUACCAGUCUUCAAAAUUGGAGCGGCUCUUGGAAGAAUCGUGGGGGAACUGAUGCACAUGUGGUUCUCAACAGGUAUGCAAUUUGGAGGAAGAACGUCCCAAAUCGUUCCUGGAGGUUACGCAACCGUCGGCGCCGCAGCGUUCAGUGGCGCAGUGACCCAUACAAUCUCAGUGUCGGUCAUCGUCUUCGAAAUGACCGGCCAAAUCACGCACAUCAUCCCCAUAAUGAUCGCCGUACUGAUCUCGAACGCCAUCGCCAGCCUGCUCUUCCCCAGUAUAUACGACAGUAUUAUUCUUAUAAAGAAACUACCAUACCUCCCCGAUUUCUUGCCGAGCAGCAGCGGUAUGUACAACAUUUGCGUGGAGGACUUCAUGAUGCGCGACGUUAAGUACAUUUACCACGGAAUGAGUUACGAGCAGCUGAAGGUCAUGCUGAAGGAGAACCGACGCUUGAAGGGGUUUCCACUCGUGGACACUCCCGAGAGCAUGGUGUUACUUGGGUCCAUUCAGCGAAUGCACCUGAUCGAGCUGAUCGAGCAGCAGAUCGGUCGAGAACGUAGACUGCAGGUUGCAGCGAUCAGGCACCGUGAAGCCCUGGCGCGCGAGGAGCAGAAAAAAGCGGAGGAGCGCCAAAGACGACCGUCCCGCUUCCACGUCUCCCCAGCCCCGGACAUGCUAGCACUCAGGCAAAUGUCGGAGAACCAACUCAAUGUCGUCGACCAGGUAAGCCUCCACAAAAAAAAAUCAUUCACAAUCCAAACCCAAUUUCAGCCCACCUACCAUCCAGUCUUCGGAUCCCAACCCAAAAAGUCCAUUCUGAAGAAGACCAACUCGUUUACGCUAAAAGGCUUCAGCCCACUAAUGUCGAACAGUCCGGGCGCGACACCCUACACCACAGUUACCGGUGCGGAAAGCCGAAUACGGCUGGCCUUCGAGGCCAUUUUCAAGAAGUCGGCCCAACUCCAGGACGUGGAGAACGGGGAGUCGCAGCCGGUCCUGGGUGAAAGUAGCAAACCGGAGAUACUACCUGCAAUCAGCACUUCUAGCUUCAAAAAGGUUCAGCUGCCAAAGGAGAGGGUCUGCGACAUGUCGCCCGAGGACCAGCGCAAGUGGGAGGACGAACAGAUGCAGCUGCCGGUCGAGUUCUCGACGUGCACGAUCGACCCCGCUCCGUUUCAGCUCGUCGAAAGGACCUCGUUGCUUAAGGUCCACUCGCUCUUCUCGAUGGUCGGUGUGAAUCACGCGUACGUGACCGCGAUCGGCAAGCUGAUCGGCGUCGUCGGACUGACCGAUCUGAGGAAGGCGAUCGAGGACGCGAACAGCGGUCUCGUGCCGAGCUUUUCGGCGGACAAGCACGACCUUUCGAACAAUAACGUCGCCGACAGUAAGGAGUGUCCGUGCGAGGAGGCGGACGAAACGACGACGGCACUCAUGUCCAAAGACUCGGAAGUAUAGCGCUACCUACGUAUUUUUUAUCGCUAGACGUUUUAUGUGAUAUUUAUUUAAUUUUAAUUACCGUACAAUUAAAUAUCCUAAUUCCAA